AUGUUAAAUGACGCACAGGAAGACGCAGCACAACCUUUAUCACAAAAUAAAUAUCGCAUAAAUGAUACAGAAAAUGUGAAUAGUGCAUUAAUCGUAGUUGAGCAUACGGGUGAUUUGUGGACAUGUGCUCUCAGGAAAAUCUGUUUAACUGCCCUCUGGCUUCCACUAGGUGCAUUGAUAUUUUGUUACGUGACAGCCUCUCUAUUCCAGGCAGAUGACAUACAUGAGACCCAUUGUAGAGUUUAUAACGUAGUGCCAUCAAUAAGUGCAAUUACUGGGAUCAGCCCACAAAGGUAUGUUUGGAGGAUAUGCAUCGCCUAUCAUCUAGGACCAAGAUUAUUGAUAGGAUCUCUUUAUUAUAACUACCAUAGAGAACGCACCGUGCAUAUAAAGGAUGAACAGACACGCAUUAAAGCAACAAAACUGGGCAAUGCUUGCUAUUGGUUGAACUUGGUUGAGCUGUUUGCUCUCACCGGAGUUACAUAUGUUUCUAACAGAGAAAAUUAUUUUAUCCAUGAAAAGAUUUUUAUAGUGUUUAUGGUGGCUUCCAUUUUACACAUGCUAUGUAGAGCUCGGAUAGGGUGCAUCGCCAGUGAUGUUUUGGAGCCUGUUCGAACCAACAGACUUGUGUGGAGUCUUUUCUUCGUAGCGAUAGCAGCCACUGUUGGUCUUAUUGUUUCUUUCUUACGGCACCGCUUACUGUGCCGACCGCUAGCGUUCACGUGGUUUUCGGUCUGUGAAUACAUUUUGGCAACGACGAACAUGGUUUUCCAUGCGAUUGUAGUGAGAGAUUUACCCCAACACGAGGUCAAAGUUGUCUGCCCUGAACGUUGCAAAACUGAUUAA